CCGGAAGUGCGAGGGAGAGCAGAGCCACGUGGGUGGAGCUGGAUCGCAGCUCGCAUGGGGGAGUCUAUCCCGCUGGCCGCCCCGGUCCCGGUGGAACAGGCUGUGCUGGAGACAUUCUUCUCUCACCUGGGUAUCUUCUCAUACGACAAGGCCAAGGACAAUGUGGAGAAGGAACGAGAGGCCAACAAGAGCGCGGGGGGCAGCUGGCUGUCGCUGCUGGCGGCCUUGGCCCACCUGGCUGCGGCCGAGAAGGUCUAUCACAGCCUCACCUACCUGGGGCAGAAACUAGGGGGCCAGUCUUUCUUCAGCAGGAAGGACUCCAUCCGCACCAUCUAUACUUCUCUGCAUAACGAGCUGAAGAAAGUGGUGACAGGCCGUGGUGCCCUGGGUGGGACCGCUCCUCACGUGGAAGAACUCCUCUCCCACCUGUCAGAGCAGCUCUGCUUCUUCGUUCAGGCUCGGAUGGAGAUCGCAGACUUCUAUGAGAAGAUGUACACCCUCAGCACACAGAAAUUCAUCAAUGCGGAAGAGCUCGUUGGCCUUUUGGACACCAUCCUCAAGAAAUACAGCUCCAGAUUUCACCACCCAAUCCUCAGCCCUUUGGAAAGCAGUUUCCAGUUGGAAGUCGACGUCCUGAGUCACCUCCUGAAGGCUCAGGCUCAGGUCUCAGAGUGGAAGUUCCUGCCAUCCCUGGUCAACUUGCACAGUGCGCACACCAAGCUGCAGACCUGGGGCCAGAUCUUCGAGAAGCAGCGGGAGACCAAGAAACAUCUGUUUGGAGGGCAGUCUCAGAAGGCCGUUCAGCCCCCGCACCUUUUCCUUUGGCUGAUGAAACUCAAAAACAUGCUUCUUGCCAAAUUUAGCUUUUACUUUCACGAGGCACUGAGCCGACAAACGACUGCUUCAGAAAUGAAAACAUUGACUGCAAAAGCCAACCCAGACCUGUUUGGAAAGAUUUCCAGCUUCAUCAGGAAAUACGACGCUGCCAAUGUGUCUUUAAUCUUUGACAACCGAGGGUCUGAGAGCUUCCAGGGUCAUGGCUAUCACCACCCCCACUCCUACAGAGAGGCACCGAAGGGUGUGGACCAGUAUCCCGCUGUGGUGUCUCUGCCCAGCGACAGGCCUGUCAUGCACUGGCCCAAUGUCAUUAUGAUCAUGACGGACCGCACGUCCGACCUGAACAGCUUGGAGAAAGUGGUUCACUUCUAUGAUGACAAAGUUCAGAGCACCUACUUCCUAACCCGCCCAGAACCUCACUUCACCAUUGUCGUCAUUUUUGAGUCAAAGAAAUCCGAAAGAGACUCCCACUUUAUUUCCUUUCUCAAUGAGCUCUCACUUGCCCUUAAGAACCCCAAGGUUUUUGCAAGUCUGAAACCUGGAUCCAAAGGUUAGCAGAUGAUUUGUGCAAAAGGUUUUCAAGAUAAGAAAUGGUGUCUGUAAGUGCUCUAAUGAUCUAUGAUGGUCUGUGGUUAGAGUUUCGAUCCAUUCAUGCUUCUUUCAGAGCUGAAUUAAAGACAAAUCCUUCCUAAUCAUGUUGCACACUUUAUAUGCAAUUAAGGCCAAUUAAAUAAAGUAUCCAAAGAGUAAUCUAGGCUACUGUGUAUCUCCAUGGUAGAGCAAAGUACUCUUAGUAUUUUCUCGUAUUUUCCUGUACUUCCUGUAGACUGAAUAUUUAUUGGCCUUUGAUGUUCCUUUCCAGAUGUUUUAUAUUCUAAACAUUGUAUUCUAAUGCCAUUCCCAAUGCUCUCUCCCUUCCCCUCCUACCUGGAUGAGUAACGGGGAUAAGAUAUUAAAUGGCCUUUUUAGAAUUAAGGACUAUAUGUUUCCUAUCUCAUAAACUAGCCAAUUAACAUGAAGUUAUUAGUUUUAUGAUUCUGAUCUACAAAUGAAUAUUUUUGAUGCCAAAAUUAGAGUCUUGGUGAGAGACUUCUACCAGUUAUAAAAGUGAAGGUCCACCAGAGUAGUAGGCACAUCAGGUCUCAACAGUUCAGAAGACACUAUGGCAACUUAAAUAGCCAAAGGUUCUUUUGGGGUGAUCUACACACCUAACUGCAUUUAUUUGUAACCUUAUGAAGUUUGAAUUUUCACUCUGUUUUGAAGUCAGUAUAAAUCAUUAUGUGGGAUUUCUUCCCUCCUCAGCAUAUUAUCUGCUUGGCUUUCUGUUUAUCACCUUUCUGCUGAAAUGUAUGUUCAUGUUUGGCUCCACCCCUGCAGUCUUGGUUUUUCAGCCACUCCGAGACGUUCAUGUGACUUACCCUACUUUUAUAAAAUCAAAAUGGAAUCACUGCAUUUGUUAAAAAUUAAUUGUGCAUUCAAGAGACCUCUUCAUGGUUGAAUAAGCAACUCAGUACUUAAGUGCAUCUGAACUUGGGAUUCAUGCCUAUCUCCUCCAAAUACUUUUAGAAGCAGUGCUACAUCUUAACACAUGCUGCCUUAACCCUUUUCUUCAGUAGGUGUUCAGGUGGAAGAAGGCACCAUGGAGCUGUGGCGACCUUCACUUUCAGCUUACUGAUUCAGAAUAAGAAUAAGCCAGAAAAAGUAA